CUCGGUUUUGCUGUUCUAACGAGUGCCAUGAGAACGAAAAACUGAAGCAAAAUGUCAAUGCUUUGGAUCUGGGGCACCGUCCUGGGCGCCAGUGCUCUUGUGAUCAAGAUUAUCUACGAAUACUUCUUCUCGUCUCUAUCGAACAUUCCCAAUGCUGGUCUGUUGGCUCCAAUCUCACGGCUUUUGUGGGAGUUCCCUCUGGAAUACCGGGGGCAGCUCACACUAGAGCUGCCAAAAUUACACAAGAGGCUUGGCCCUUUGGUGCGCAUCGGUCCGAAUGAAGUGUCGUUCUACUCCCUAGAUAUCUACAAAAAAAUCCAUGCGCCAAACAGUGCUUUCAUCAAGGAUCCCCGAGUUUACGGUCAAUUCGUACAAGAUGGACAUCCUGCCCUGUUUUCCAUAACUGACGCCAAAGAGCAUGCACAACGGCGCAGGCAUAUGGGUGUGCUUUUCAAUCGCAGUCGGGUGCCGUCGUUGAUUCCGAUGAUGCUAGAUCAGAUCUCCAGAUUCAACGAUCUUCUCGCCAAGUUACACCAAAAAGGGCCCAUUGAUCUUGUACCUACCUGCCGGGCCCUCGAGGCUGAUGUUAUGUCAAGAUUCGCAUUUGGGAGUCCUAUCGGGGCAAUUGAUUCAUUGAGUAUCGGCAAGGAGUUGAGUAUUGUCAAGGAAAAUGAUUUGAAAUCAUCAAAGAUGCCACUCUACACAAAGUUUCCCUUUGCAACCCAGAUAUAUGACGCUAUAUCAUAUUCCAUCUUUGAUCUUACCGGAUGGGAUAUUUCCUCGGUCGCAAGUUCCAGAUUGUUUGAUAGGUGGGCAAAUGAUCAGUUGGAUAAAUCUUUGGACUCGGAGAAGGCUCCCGAUACCUCUUUUUUGAAAGUCAUGGCGGGGCUUAGACUCUCAACACAGUCUGCAUUGUCUGAGGCUAAGGAGAUGUUGGGCCCAGGGACAGACACCACUUCAGCCACACUUGCUCAUAUUUUAUGGGCCCUCUCCCUGAAUGAAGACUUGCAAAAUCAGCUUUUUCUGGAACUGGACGCAGCCCAAUGGCCCACAGACAUGUCAGCACUGGAGUCACUUCCCCUCCUAGUUGCAUAUGUCAAAGAGGGGAUCAGAUGGACUGGGGCGGCGGUUGCCAUGCUUCCCAGAAUGGUCCCUAAAGGAGGCGCUAUACUUGCCGAGAAAUAUGUUGAAGGAGGAACAAUGAUCGCAAGCUCUCCAAUCUGGUAUUUGCACGACGAGGUCGCCUUUCCUGAACCACAUAAAUAUCGGCCGAGUCGGUGGCUGUCAAAUAAUACGAACGACGCAACCACAUUAAGAAACGAAUAUUACAUACCUUUUUCAAAGGGACCAGGCACGUGUGUUGGAGUCCAUUUGGCUUACUUGGAGCUCUUUCUUUCGGUUUCCCAGGUUCUGAAGAAGUAUCUUAUUGGGCCAUACAGCGAUACAACUGCCAGUAGAAACGUUGAAGCCACUUUACCUUCGCGACGAGAGUGGGUUGCUGCUGUGCCCAUAGGACCGCUGCAAGUUUCUCUCCACCCUCGUUCGGAAAUGCGUACUACAGAUACAUGCAACUGA